UUAAAUACGCGGUCACACUGUAUAUGACAUAUCGCGCGUGCUGCUUAAAAAAAUUGUUAACAAUUUUUGUGCAUUAAAACAUCAGAACAAAAAAUGGGCAACGUGCUAGCGGCAUCCUCAGGCAAGAGCAACAGUGUGGCUGCCGGUCUGAGUCUUCCCGAGCCGGUGGUUGCACCCACAGACACAUUGCUAUCGGGCGCCGCCACCGACACCGCCGGGAAGGAUAUUUUCCUGGAGAAUCCAGGCACCGUAGAGGAACUGCACAAAAAAUGCAAAGAUAUACAGGCCGUAACCUUCGAGGGAGCCAAAAUCAUGCUGAACAAGGGGCUCAGCAAUCACUUCCAGGUCUCGCACACCAUCAACAUGAGCAGCACGGUGCCGAGCGGCUACCGCUUCGGGGCCACCUACGUGGGCACCAAGCAGUUCAGCCCCACCGAGGCAUUCCCUGUGCUCCUGGGCGACAUUGAUCCAUCUGGCAAUCUGAAUGCCAAUAUCAUUCACCAGUUCUCGCCGCGCGUACGCUGCAAGUUUGCCUCGCAGGUCCAGGACUCGAAGAUGGUGGCCUCACAGCUGACAACUGAUUAUCGCGGCGACGACUUCACGGGCUCGCUCACCAUGGCCAAUCCGAACAUAUUCAACAACUCUGGCGUAAUCGUUGGCCAGUAUUUGCAGUCUGUAACUCCGGCCAUUGCCUUGGGCGCCGAGAUAGCCUAUCAGUAUGGGCCGAAUGUGCCCGGGCGCCAGAUUGCCCUUGUCUCAGGCAUGGGCCGCUACACAAGCGGCAACACGACGUGGUCCGGCACUCUGGGACUGAGUGGAUUGCAUCUGUGCUUCUACCAGAAAGCCAGUGAACAGCUGCAGAUAGGUGCCGAGGUCGAGACCAGCCUGCGCAUGCAAGAGUCAGUUGCCACUGUUGCCUAUCAGAUUGACUUACCCAAGGCUGAUUUGGUCUUCCGAGGCUCUAUUGACACCAACUGGCACAUUUCGGGGGUGCUGGAGAAACGUUUGCAGCCAUUGCCAUUCACGCUUUUACUGAGCGGCCGCAUGAACCAUGUGAAGAACAACUUCAGACUGGGCUGUGGGCUGAUGAUCGGUUAACCGGUAGCUGCAUUAACCAAAUUUUAGCCACAGACCCCCUGCCCCCAGACCACAUUCACAUUCACACAUCCACACAAUUUUAGCACAUCAUUUGUCCACACACAAAACACCGCCACACCACCACCACAAACAGACAAUUCUUUUGGCUAAUUCGAAAUGUUAUUUGCGGCAUUGUUUGUCUGCAAAAGAGGAGGACUUGUUCAAGUUUAUGGGAAUUAAGUAGCCGUCGCCUCCGUCGUCGUUUCCUUCGUUCUUUUAAAAGAGACAAAGAGAGAGAGUUUUCAGUUAGUUAUCUAGGAAUAUUCAACAUUUCCAAAACAUUUUAAAGCACGCAUCCAACAAAGAAUUGUCACUGUACAUUUUAAGUUGCUUCCUAGAAGAUGAAAAAGGAGAAGAAACGUACGCAUUUAUUUUGAUAAAAAAUAUAAACCAAACAGCCAGUGAACCAAGAACAACCACAAAACAUCAAACACACCAUAAACCACACAAAUACACAGAAGCAUCAGGAGCAUCCAUAGUUUUUUCAAAAUCCGAAAUGAAAUGAGUUAAUAAUAAAUGCGUAUUAAAUGUAUGUUACAUUGAAAAAUUGGUAACGAAACUGCUUUAAGUUUAUAAUUUAUAAAUUAACAAUUAGUUAUUAAUAACAAACAAAAAACUUUGUUAAACCAACUUUUACCUUUGUGGCGCGCGUAGAAAGAGACAGACAUAGAAAAAGAGAGAAGUUGGGAGUUCGGAUAGAAAGAGACGAAGCGUUAGCGCCAAAACGUUGUGAGGGGAAAAAAAACCAAACAAAAAAAAACAACAAUAAAAAACAACAAAAUAAAUCCCAUUACUACAUUUGUUAAAGAUGGGCAAUGGUUCAGUUACAUUGUAAUAUAGCUUCUUCCCAAGCAAUAAACUACAGAAGAGAUACAAAACAACAACAACAACAGAAUGAACUAUCAACAAAAACCA